GCAAAGCCAACAAGAACGUCCAGUGGGAUGAGGACUCGGUGGACUAUAUGCUGGCCAACCGGGUCAGAAUCGCCUUUGUCCUGGUGGUCCACGGCCGCGCCUCUCGGCAGCUGCAGCGCAUGUUCAAGGCCAUCUACCACAAAGACCACUUCUACUACAUCCACGUGGACAAGCGCUCUAAUUACCUGCAUCGCCAAGUGCUCCAGUUCGCCAAGCAGUACAGCAACGUCCGCGUCACCCCCUGGAGGAUGGCCACCAUCUGGGGGGGAGCCAGCCUGCUGUCCACGUACCUGCAGAGCAUGCGGGACCUCCUGGAGAUGACCGACUGGCCCUGGGACUUCUUCAUCAACCUCAGCGCGGCUGACUACCCCAUCAG